GGAAGUGGGUGGGAAACUGGAGACUGUUAGAAGCAAGACUUUAGGAGAAGAGAAAUUUGGUCAGACUCAGUGUCUAGUCUGGACUCCUGGGUGUGGUGGCCUCUGAAAGCACACUCAGCAAGCUCCAGUUCUCCACCCUAUGAUUCUGCCUCCCCCCCUCUCCCCAACCUCUACCCCAAGUGGGAGGAGAGAUCCUUCAGUGUCAUCUACCAGGCCUAAGAUUCAAAGAAGGGGAGGAGCCCGGCCAACCCUCUCCUCUCUCCACACUUCGAGAAAUUGCAGGCUCCUAGCUUCAACCCCUGGACUUCCCUUUCUGGGUUCUGGAGCUUCUCCGUCCGCUGGCUAGAGCGAAAGAAUGGCUACCUUGCAGCUAGAGGAGAAGCUAGUCUGUGCAAUCUGUCUGGAGUUGUACCAGGAAGCUGUCACUCUGCCCUGUGGCCACAACUUUUGCCGGGCAUGCAUCGAAGACCACUGGCGCAGGCAAGAGGUGGACUGCCCCCAGUGCCGGACCCCGUUCAUGCAGCGCCCCGCACUGCACAAGAACGGGGCUCUGUGUGAAGUGGUGGAAGCCCUCAGGACGGCCGAAAGGCAGCUGGUCGCGGUGAAACCAGUACCAGGCCCGAGCCGGUCAGCCCUAUGCCCCCGGCAUGGGCGAGCCCUGGAGCUCUACUGCGAGACCGAGAAGCUGUGCAUCUGCUGUGCCUGCACGGUGGACCAGUGCCAGGACCACCAGCGCGUCAUGCCCGAUGUGGAGCGCAAGGAGCAAGAGAAACGGCUGGAAGAGCAGCUGGAGGAAAACUGGAGGCAGGCAGUCCAGGCUGAGGAACAAGUUCAGGAGCUGCAGCAGAAGAGUGAGGAGAUUCAGAACUCAGUCCACACUCUGGCCUUGGCUGUCUCCAAAAAAGUCGCUUGCCUGAUGCGGGCCCUCGAAGCACAGCGGGAUAAGGCGUUCCAGAGCAUUGAGCAGGAAAAGGCAGCUGCCCUGGCACAGGCCAGGGAGACCAAGCAGUGGCUUCAGGACCACAUGGAAUACCUGGCACGGCACACCCAGCAGAUCCAAGAGCUGUUAACCUGUCCCGAUGACAUGAGCUUCCUCCAGAGGGCUCUACUUCUGAUACCCCCUGGGUCUUUGGCACCAGUGCCCUCACUGACAUGGGAUGAAGAUGCUGGUCAGCUGAAGGAGCUGAAGAAGACACUAGACCAAAUCUAUCAACUCCUGAUGAAGGAUGAGAUUGGCCCUGUGAGUCUUGGAGAUGCAGAUCCUGGCCUCAAUGAGCACAGAGGACCCCUGGAAUCAGUCCCAAGACCAGUGAGCACACUAAGGAAGGAAUUGAAACAGAAUUAUCGCAACCUCACUUUUGACCCUGACACCGCCAACCACCACUUCUAUCUAUCCUGCCAAAACCAGCGGGUAAAACAUGGCUCCAGGGCCCAGCAUGCUACCCAGCCUGGGAGGUUUCAGCUAUGGCAAGUGCUGUGCACACAGAGCUUUGAGGCAGGAAAGCACUACUGGGAGGUAGAAGUGUCAGACCAUUCAGUGACCCUGGGUGUCACCUACCAUGGGCUUGCCCGGAGAAAUCUGCCUGGACAGACGGACAACAUUGGGCGAAACUCUUGUUCGUGGGGGCUUCGGGUGCAGGAGGAUGGCUACCAGGCCUGGCACAAUGGGGAGGCCCAGCGACUUCUGGGCAAACCUGGACACCUCCUGGGAAUGGAGUUGGACCUGCCUGUUGGACGUCUCUCUUUCUACAGCUUAGAGCCUCAGAUGCAGCUCCUACAUGUCUUCAAUGCCUUCUUCACUCAGCCCCUCCAUCCUGUCUUCUGGCUCUGUGAAGGCAGAACCAUCACCCUCUGCCAGCUGCCUGGGGCCAAGCCUUAUUCUGAGCCCCAGGAAGAAGCACUUAUUCCCAGCUGAACAGUAUCUAAAGAGGGUGGGGGAGCCCAGGGAAAUAAUGGUUAUGUUUGAGAGGCAUCAGGGGCUGAGGGUACAGAUGCCAGGUCCCAAUGCCCUCUUCUUUUUUUCCCCACUUAAUAGUAUUUUAUUUUUUCCAAUUACAUGUAAAGAUAGUUUUCAACAUUCAUUUUUGUAAGAUUUUAAAUUCCAAAUUUUUCUCCCUACCUCCCUUCCCUCUCCCCCAUACAGCAAGCAAUCUGAGAUAGUCAAUACAUGUACAACCAUGUUAAACAUGUUUGUAUAUUAAUCAGGUUGUGAAAGAAGAAUCAGAACAAAAGGGAAAAACUACCCCCCAAAAAGUGAAAAUGGUAUGCUUUAAUCUGU